UUCCAGGAGACAAAAUAGUUGAUAGAGUGAGAAGAUGACUGUAUCUUUCAGUUAGAGUGUUAUCUUUCCAUAACAGAGACCGGAUCACCAACACUAUAAAAACAAUACUCCCAUUGGAUUCUGUAUGUUCCAAAACCCUAAGCAAUCCCACCUUAAUCUUCUGUAGUAGGUAACGAAUUUUGAAUUUUGAUUAUCUGAUUGAACAAUGCCACGACAAUCGCCACCGUCACAGCCGCAGCAGCCCAGCGAACUGGAGCCGGCCAUAUGGCAAGCCUGUGCUGGACCGUCUGUGGAAAUCCCGAAGCCAAAUUCUAUGGUUUACUACUUUCCUCAGGGACACUUUGAUCAAGCGUCUUCGGCACCCAAGAAUCUCUCCAGUCACCUUCUUGCCAAACCCUUCAUUAUCUGCAGUGUUGUCUCGGUUAAUUUUCUUGCCGAUCCUCUUACCGACGAGGUUUUCACCAAGAUGGUUCUCCAACCUGUUGGUAACAACCUUCCUGUGGAAUCCUUCCAUACUCCUGCCUUUGCUCCUCCUGCUGUUGCUCCUCCGCCAAAUGACGACAACGAGGUUGUUUCGUUCGCUAAGAUUCUCACGCCGUCUGAUGCCAAUAACGGCGGGGGCUUCUCCGUGCCUAGGUUCUGCGCCGACUCUGUCUUUCCGAAGCUGAACUUUGGCGCCGACCCGCCCGUGCAGAACCUCUCUGUCACGGACGUGCACGGCUUCACCUGGGAGUUCCGCCACAUUUAUCGUGGGACUCCACGCCGCCACUUGCUCACCACUGGCUGGAGCACGUUCGUCAACAACAAGAAACUGGUAGCUGGAGACUCUGUCCUGUUUAUGAAGCGUGCCGAACGUUUGUUUGUCGGAAUUCGUCGCGCCACACGUUUCUCUUCUGAAAGGGCCAACUGCCCGAAACUCAUGUUAAUUGAGGAGGAGGAGGACGAGGAAGAAGACGAAGAGAAGAUGAAGAGAGUUUUCAAGAGGGACGGGAAGGGGAAACUGACGGCUAAGGUUGUUGUGGAAGCUGCAGAAUUGGCUGCGCGACAAAUGAAGUUUGAGGUUGUUUAUUAUCCCAAGGCUGGUUGGUCUGAGUUCGUGGUGAAGAUUGAGGUGGUGGAUGCAGCUAUGAGGAUUGCAUGGAGCGAAGGAAUGAGAGUGAAGAUGUCUGUGGAGACAGACGAUUCAUCCAGGAUGACUUGGUUUCAGGGUACCGUCUCUGCUGUCUCAUCUCACGAUAAUGGCCAAUGGUGCAGUUCGCCUUGGCGCAUGCUUCAGGUUACAUGGGAUGAACCUGAAGGGCCGCGGAAUGGAAAAUGGGUUAGUCCUUGGCAGGUGGAACUUGUUUCCCCCCCACCUGCCCUUCAUCCAGCAUUCCCCCCAGCUAAAAGGCUCAGAACUGCUAAUGGUUAUGGGGUGUUGACUAAUGGAGAGGGAGGAACCUUUUCUGUGGCCGGAGUCACUAAUUCAGCAAUGGUACAACUGAAUCCGGCAUAUUUGGGUUAUAGUACUUUUCCUGCUGGCAUGCAGGGAGCCAGGCAUGAUGUAUUUUCUGCAUCAAGUUUUCCCAGUUAUCCAAGGGACUUGUCUCAUCUGUGUAUCGAUAAUUCCUUUGGAAACAACACAUUUUCAAGGCAGAAAAAUUUGCCGACAGAACUACAUGUUGGCGGCAACUCUCAAUCUGAUGAAUUAUCACCUGAUAGUAGUUUCCAUUCCUGUGUCACAGACACUCUUGGGAAUACCAACAACUCAAUAAAACCUGCGCCCGAUUCAUUUCAGCUAUUUGGUGCAGUCAUUCGGAAAGAACAACCUGUUCAAAAUGAUUUAACAGGCACUGGUUGCGCUAUCACAGGAGAUAAAGCCCCUGGCAGAUGACGAUUCUUACUAUUGAAAGUGGCUGUGAUUAUAUGAUACAUAUAAGUAGCUAUACAGGUAGGAACUUCUUUCCGGCCGGAAGCUGACUACCCUUUUGACCCUGGACUUAAAUCUCAUAUCUCACAAUUUAUGCUAUUUUUUUUCACAGAACAUUUUAUGAUAUUUCUAAAUACAAUUUUUCUUUUUAUUUGACGACUGA